ACGAAACUAUGCGCGAUAGAUCUUAGGAAAAAAUCAGGAUUCGAUCGUUCGCUUGCCCCUCGCUAAUUUGUGUGGGUGGCAAAAAAUAAAUAGAAACCGGCCAACAUUGCGUCACCAAUGGAAAUCACCAAGAAGAAGAAGUUAUGAAGGUUUAUAUAGCAGACUCGGAUUUUUUAAGAUACACAUUAAAGACGCUUCUAGCAACAGCAGCAAUAAGAAUACAAGUGAAUUUAAUACGAAUAUUAUAAUAUUCAAGAAAAGAAUAGCAUUUAUCACGAAAGCAAAAUGUGCAAGUUAAUUGCCAUUGCCGUUAUAUUAAUCGUCGGGUUAUCUUGGACCUGUUAUGGCGGAAGAAUUCGAAAGAUAUGCAAUGGUCAUGGAAGGUCUCGCAUGCAUAGAAACUACACCUGUUGUCAAAACUCUGGAACAGGCGGCUGGACCCCACAGCCUAUUCUACCGGACCACCGGUGUUGUCCAGGAUCCGGGCGGACAUUCAGUGAAAGUGAGAACCAAGUUUGCGAUAACGGCAGAAUUCGCGAAAAAACGAACCCAGAUGAAACUAUGUGUGGUGUGCUGUUGCCAUACAAUGUAAAUAGCCAAGUUUGUUGCAAGACCAACAUAACAACGGCUAGAGUUUACGACAAAGUUCCCAACGGACAGUGUUGCAACCAUGACUACUUAACCGACGACUCUAUCCGCUGUUGCGGGGGUCAGACGUACGACAUUUUAAAUCAAACAUGUUGCAAUUCUUCGGAGACCGACACCGGUGUGCGUCUUUACAAUAUCAGCAAUGGAAAAUGUUGCAACGAUCGGCCCUACGACCAAACACGUCAAGAGUGUAAUUCCGACUUGGAAGUCGUCAGCAGGCGCACCAUCAAAUAUUGCCAAGACCAGCCUUACAAUUCUCUGCUGAACGGAUGCUGCGUUAUAGACUUAUACGUGAAGGGCGCUCAGCUCUGCCACCACGAGACCGGAACAAUUAUUACAAACCCAGAUCCGAGCUUCGAUUCGCUGUGCAGGGACAGAACCGAAGCGUUGAUCCCAUACACAUCAGGAAACAACAUGCAUUGUAUUGACCUGUGGGGGCUACAGCAUUUAAGUAGUUGGCAAGCGGUCUGUGGUAAGGGGGACGACCAUGUCGUUUACAAUACUCGCACCGAUCUAUGUUGUGGAUCCCACGUUUUCCACAGUGGUGCACUGAGCGAAAACAAGAAGUGUUGUCAGUACGGUACCAACGUCUAUGAUCCAGAAACUCAAGUAUGUUGCAGAAAUGAUGUCCCGUCCGAUGCAGCAAGCGAAAACCACGGUGGCAGUUGCUGUGACAGCCAACCGUACAACAACCGAACGCACGAAUGCAUCAACGGGAUAGAAAUUACUGAGCUGGAAUGCCCGGAUGCAACUAAACAACGGAUUGAAUUACGUUGUCUCAUUACUGAGGAUGUUGUUCUUGAAGCAGCGGGGAAAUUUAAGAAAACGGGAAUGUCCGUUACUGUAGCUACAGUUACUGGUGUGAAAAAAUCAAAGAAAAGAACAACAUGGACACUCGGUAACGUCACCCAGGUGUUGGGCAAAAAAAAGAAAAUUCAAAUAUCAAAGAAUUCAAAGACAAAUUCUGCGAAGGCUGAAGCCAAGCCAUGCACUUGCCCACAUAACUUGAUAAUUGGAUCACGUUAUUUAUUUAUAAGUAAGAAACCAAUGAAGAAAAACGGCAAACUUGUGCUGCGGGGGAAAGAGCAGGUGAAUGGUCGAUCAAAGGGAACGGACAUAGUCGUUAAUUUAAGCGACAGUGAAACGCUAGCAAUGGUUAUGAGGAUAUUGUUGGAUUAGUUUUUUUUACAAAAUCAUUUUUUUCACUGUAACUGUGCCACCAAAUUUGUUUACCAUGUCCAGUUCGUGUCCAGCAUUCGUUUCUUUGCCACUUACAAAAUUUCGGGCCUCUAAUGUUCGUUUUCAGCGUUGACCGCUAACUUAUUUAUACUGCCCUUUGUUUUAAAUCCGCAAACACUGUUUCUUUUAAUUUAUUUUGUAGAUUUACAAUUUGGUGUGUGUAUUGAAAUGUUUCCCUCGUAUUUUGUACAAGGCCGACUAAUUAUUGGCAUUAUUGUGUUUACACCUGUGCUGCUUAGAGUGCCAUUUUUUCACAAACUUUUUUUACAUGUUUUCUCCGGGAACCGAAACUUAUACCAAAGAAUCAAUAUAUACCUAUAGUAUUAAAAGACCGUCUUCAAUUUUAUCUUUGUUGUAACUAUAAAUGUUUUUUGUUGCUCUAUUGCCCUUUUCUUGUAGCAGCCUAUUUAUUAUUGCUUGCUUUCAGUGUUUUGUCAAAUGCAACAAAAUAAAAUAAAAACGCCCUCAAAAUUUAAAUUUUUGGUAUGCUUAUUUGUCAGCCAAUAAUAGAGAAAGUAGAUUCUAUGAUGGUGUGUUGAAACUAAAUACACAAAUUUGAAAUUCCCUUAAGAUAUAGUGAAAUAUCAGUAUUAUCGUUUACACAUAUAGUAGGGUGGGGUAAGACGGGACACCAUUAGCACAUGAUAUCCAAAUAUCCUGAUCGCGUUUUAAACAAUUACUGGUUCAAGGGAGUGGUGAUAAUACCAUUCUAUAAUUCUUCG